CAGCGUAUAUGUGUCAUCACGUUGACUCGACACUGGGUAAAGUUCCAACAUGGCUUCUAAGCUCUUCAUUUUCUUGGCUGUAUGUGUGGCAGUGCAGAGCACCGCUGCAGCUCCCUCCCCUGGCAUCAGCGACUGGUUCACCCAGGUGGGAAAAAUCUUAGAGGGCUUCUACAAUGUCAAGAAGAACAUGGCGCAGCACGCCAUAGAGGGGGCUGAGAAGACGUGGCAGGGAAUGGUGGACGUCGCACAGCAGGAGGCGCAGGAGGUCGCCUCGUGGAUACAGAACGCCUACAACUCUUCCACCACUGCCUGGACCAGCAUUCAAGGGAAACUUCAGGAUGCCACCCAGAAGGCAGUGUCGUCCGCACAGCAAGCACUGAUCUCAGCCGGGCAGCAGAUCUCGCAAGAGGCGUCCCAGAUGGUGCAGGAAGCGGCCGCCAACCUGCAGAGCGCGGUGAGCUCCAUCCCCAGUAAGACCCAGGAGGCCUUCCAGACAGCCAUGCAGUUCGUGGAGCGUGGAGAAGCAGCCCUGGAGCAGCUCCAGCAAGCCAAGGCCAACACCGCCAGCGCCGUCAUCCAGAACAUCACAAAGUCCCUCCAGCAGGGCCUCCAGAACGUCAGGUCUCUGCUCAGUAAGGCGUCCGCCGAAGUCAACAAGAGCACCAGCUAAGUCAGAGGCUUGUACAGCAGUAGCUCCAGCUCCUGCAGACAAAUAACUGUACUCAUGUAGCCGGUGUCGCUAAUUUUGUAUUUAUGGUGAUAAAAUAAAUCCUAUGAUCAAACAACUUAAA